UCUGAGCAGCAGCAGCAGCAGCAGCAGCAGCAGCCGCCGCGGGAGGAGGAGGCGGCCCUCCUUGGCCGGGGAUGAGCUGCUCGGUGCCGGGGGCCGGGGGCCUCCCUCCGCUGCCCAAGAGCCUGAGCGGGCUGCUGAACUCCUCCUCGAGCGGAGCAGGAGGCCCUGGCGGAGGAGGAGGAGGCCGCUGGCGGGCCCUGGAGCGCCUCUACGCCCAGAAGUCCCGCAUCCAGGACGAGCUCAGCCGGAGCAGCAGCAGCAGCAGCAGCCCAGGCUCCGCAGAAGGGGGCGCCCCCCGGAACCCCCCCAGGCCCCCCAACCUCGACGCCGCCCUCGCCCUCCUCCGCAAGGAGAUGGUUGGCCUCCGGCAGCUAGAUAUGUCAUUACUGUGUCAACUAUAUUCCCUUUAUGAGUCAAUUCAAGAAUACAAAGGUGCCUGCCAAGCUGUAUCAAGUGCAGACUGUGCAUAUGCACUGGAAAAUGGGUUUUUUGAUGAAGAAGAGGAGUACUUCUAGGAAGAGAGUCAUUCCCAAGAGCAGUGUGUGGAUGAGCUUGCAAUUGUGAGAACAUCAGUCUUUCAUCAGAACUCUGCCUUGUGCUGACGAAAAGAUGCAUUGCUACUUUGCAACCUAUUUACUUCUGACAUGCUGUCAAAUCAAGUUACACACUAUGUGAAUCCCGCUUUAGGAAAGCAACGUGCAACAAAUUUCUGAAGUAUUCUCAAGCUCGUCUGACAGGCCAUGUCAGUUUAAUCUGUGCACUGGGUGUUUCUGGGCUGCACGUGUUGGCACAUAAUUUUCUGUAAACUGUAGCUUGGGAUGAUACAAGAAUGCAUUGCCACCUGGAGCGUAAUGAUACAUAUGGCAGUAGCUCUAACUAUAGACGCCAUAUAGUUUUAAACACUGUGAAUCUCCUUUUGGAAGGGUGUUCUGUUGUUGUUUUUUUUAAAGACAUGUUAAAAACCUAGAUCAGUUGAACUGGUCUUUAUCUACUCCAGUACAUUUUUAAUGGACUUUGGAAUGUCUCAUAUCACUCUAAAAGCAUAUUUUUCACUUUUUUUUCCAGCCCAAAAUUUAUACCUGUCAGGGACUUUAGUCUUUCCCUCCAAUUAUCCAGCUCACCUUCCCUUACAAGUUUUGUAUGUAUUCUAAUUAUUUAAGCCAACAUAAAGUGUUUAGAAACACCGUAUUAUUUUACUCUAAUACAGUAGAAGCAAAUCAGUCUGUUUCACUGUGUGGCUUGCAAUAUUACAAGCUUAUACAAGUAUUUUGCUGCUGAUUGUUCAGUGUAUAAAUAACCUGAGAAAUUUUCAUAUAAACUGAGAACAGCAAUAUUUUAUAUUCCUUAAAAUGCUUGGAAGGCAGGCUGUGAACUUGUUUUGUACAGAUCAGAAGUAUCAACACAAAAUAAUUUGUUGGGUAUUAUAUACAACUUAGUUUUUAUACUAUUAUAACUGAAACUUCAACUUUCAAUUGUAAUUUAUUAAACUUUUUAAGAAACGUAA